AUGAACGGGCCGGCCGAUGGCGAGGUGGACUACAAGAAGAAAUACCGGAACCUGAAGCGGAAGCUCAAGUUUCUCAUCUACGAACAUGAGUGCUUCCAGGAGGAGCUAAGGAAGGCGCAGAGGAAAUUGCUGAAGGUGUCCCGGGACAAGAGUUUCCUCCUUGAUCGGCUUCUGCAGUACGAGAACGUGGAUGAAGACUCUUCUGACUCAGAUGCCACUGCCUCUUCAGAUAACAGUGAAACAGAGGGGACACCCAAGUUGUCAGACACACCAGCCCCCAAGAGGAAGAGAAGCCCUCCGCUGGGGGGUGCCCCAUCCCCCUCCAGCCUCUCCCUGCCUUCUUCAACAGGGUUUCCACUUCAGGCCUCUGGGGCCCCUUCCCCAUACCUGAGCUCGGUGAGUUGGGGUCAAGGGUGA